UGACAAUAUUGGCUAAACUGACUAUAAAUUGGAAAAGAUUGACUUUAAUAAUGGGGAUUGACAAAAAGUUGAUAUUGGAAAAUUGUUAAGAUUCGAUCAAUAUAAAUCUAGAAUUGAAAUUGAUAAGUCUUGAAUUGAAAGAAUAUAUGGUAAAGUAACCAAUUAUUUUGACUUUCAACUUUUCACCUACUAUAAUAUAUGCUUUGAUGGGCAUAAUAUCAUUUUAAAAAUAUUUGAAUUAUAUAUAAAUUUCAGGACCAUUAAUUACUGUGAUAAUUUUACAUCCAAUGUGUCAGAAAGUGAAAUUCUCUUUCAAUAUCACGAGGUUCACAAAAGGCGCAGUAUCACAAUUUAUAGAGAUGUUGAGAGUUUUAUUGAAAUUAAGAUAGGCUCAGCUGUUUGUUCAUCCGAUGCAAGAGAUAUAAGUGCCAGUGAAGUUGGUUGUAACAGAGGCUCUAAAUCGUUUGAUAAAUCUAUAAAAUGUUUAUAUAAACGAGAUCCAGCAGGAUUUAUGUUAGGCUGUAACACGGGAGUCCAUCUUCAGAAUUGUCAUGACUUCAUUUGUCCACCGAAUACCGUAAAAUGUCCGAAUAGUUUUUGUCUCCCAUUAGAAUACGUGUGUGACGGUGAAAAGCAAUGUCCAGGAGGCGAGGAUGAAAUUGGCUGUGGAUGCUUUCAGGAAGGGAAUGAAAUUGUAAUAAUGACAGAAAAUGAAGACUUCGACGAAACAUAUCUGAAAAAUGUUGCUAAACAGUUCUCUGAUCGACAUUCAAUUUUCAGAGUAUUGCGUUAUAAAGUCAGAAAAGAUCCGACAAAAGUUGAAUACGAGCAUUUAUUUCUUGAUAUAUCAGACACGGAGGUUAAUGCAUAUGACAUUAUCAAUCGUGAAUACAUGUGCCGUUAUACUGUUCUAGCUUCCAACUUCAUAAACAGCGUUCAGUUUUCGAAGAAUAAUUCAAGGGCGUUGGUCUUUCUUCAAAAAUCCGAGGUGUCGAAACUUGUUGCCGAAAUGAUGUUCAAGAAUAUUAGGUCAUCACCGGACUUCCAUGUGUACAGAGUGGUCGAAAAUCUGAAUAUUUCUGCUUCAAAACUUGGUCCGUUUGCACACGUUAUAGAAGUGUCAGUAAAGCAUUGGUCGCAUCUUACCUCGAUAGGAUCAUCAUUCUUUCCGAUGAUAUGUAAAAAACGUGCAUCAAUGUUUUGCCCGAAUGAUUUUAAAUGUAUGGCAAGUACAAAAUGCAUUUCAAUGGACCAAAUGUGUGACGGAAAAGUUCAGUGUAUCAAUCAUGAUGACGAGAAAAUGUGUGACUUCAGAUGUCCUGAGAGCUGCAAUUGUGUCGGAUUCAUGGCUGAGUGUAGAUCAGCAAAUACCUCACUAAGUUUGUUAAACAAACGCACUCGACUAUUAGAUGCCAGCGGAAAUACUAUGAUUUUCAAUGGUUUAAUUCAGUAUCCGUUUAGAGGCUUACCUUAUUUAGUAGCAUUAAACCUUUCAAUGUGCGGAAUACAAGAUAUAUUUCAAGAUAACUUUCGGCAUUUGAAUAAUUUGCUAUCUCUUGAUUUAAGCUUAAAUCAUAUAUCGGUCAUUCGAACGUCGGCCUUUCUGGGUUUGAAAAGACUAAAGGUUUUGAAACUGAAUGGAAACACUAACAUUGCAAUGAUAGAAACUCGAGCUUUUCAAGGCCUUGUUAGCAUUAGGACACUAGUAGUAACAGGAUCAACCAUCAAUCACAUCUUCUUCUAUGCAUUCCAUGGUCUUAAACUCACAACAUUGACAUUUUCAAACAAUAGUAUAAACCAGGUUGACAACUUUGCCUUUGGUGAAUUGACUGCUAGAUAUCUUGAUUUUGAAAGCAGCAUUGUAACAACGUUUGAUAAGAAGUUAUUCACGGGGUUGUCUCAAUUAGAAGUGCUGCGGACACCAGCCUACAAGUUUUGCUGCAUUCGGCCGAAUUACUUACCCGAGAGUCAGUGCACUCCAGGGAAAGAUGAGUUUUCAUCGUGUGAUGACCUUAUGAGAAUAACAGCAUUACAAAUUAUGGUUUGGAUUAUGGGAAUAUGCGCUCUGAUUGGCAAUUUUAUAUCAAUCAUAUACCGUUUUGUGUAUGACAGAUCAAAGUUCAAAAUAGGAUAUGGAAUAUUUGUUUCUAAUCUGGCCGUUGCCGACUUCUUGAUGGGUGUUUAUUUGAUAAUAAUAGCUACUGCAGACACGUUGUACAGGAAAAGGUAUAUUUUCAUGGACGAGAGUUGGAGAGCAAGUUCUUGGUGUACUUUAUCUGGUGUUUUGUCAACCAUUUCAUCGGAGGCUGGUGUUUUCUUUCUCUGCUUCAUCACGCUAGACCGGUUUAUUAUCAUAAAGUAUCCAUUCAGCAGUUUUCGUAUAACGCCUAAAAAGGCAACCAUAUGUUCAAUUAUUUCUUGGGUUAUUUCGGCAUUCAUUGCUUUGUAUCCGUUGGUCCAUACAAGCUAUUUUCAAGGCCGGUUCUAUACAAAAUCAGGAGUUUGUAUUGCAUUGCCACUUACUCGUGACAGGCCUCCUGGAUGGAUGUAUUCAAUUGUUAUUUUCCUUGGUCUUAAUUUUAUCACUUUUAUUUUAAUAGCUGUCGGUCAGUUGUUAAUUUAUAUUGAAAUUAAGAGUGUGUCUGGGAAGAUAAGAAAAUCAAUGAAAAGGAAAUCCAGAGUCCGCAGUGCAGAAUUAGCUGUUGCAAGGAAUCUGUUAUUUGUUGUUUCAACCGAUUUUUUGUGCUGGUUCCCGAUUGGAUGCAUGGCACUUAUGGCUCUUACUGGUCACGUGAUUCCGGGAGAUGUGUAUGCAUGGACAGCGGUAUUUAUAUUACCCGUGAAUUCUGCAAUCAACCCAUUCCUGUACACAUUGACUUCAAUACUAGGAAAACGGAAACAAAGAUCUAAAAAUGACGAAAACAGUAGAAGUGUCCAGGAAACGUUUAUGUCGCAAAAACACAAACAGAACCUACGCCGGCUGUUUCGAUACUACAUGGCUCCAAAUGAAAACUUUCACCAGGCCUUUAUCUGUCUUGAUGACGUCAUACAUUCAGAUGCUGCCGUCACAAAUGAAGUCGUCUGCAAGAUCGCAUAUGAAUUGAUCAAGUGUUUGUGUUUGCUUCAUGUCAAUUCGCUUAGAGUCCCCAAGCUACAUAACACAGCGUAUACAAAUGUGGAGAAUGGAAAGCUUGUCGGCGAGAUUCACCUCAGACGGGAACCCGUUGUAUCAUUUAGUCAAGUAACUAAGUCGGAAGAUAUUUAUCAAUAUGGUGUUAUUUUGCGCAGCCUUGUUUCCAAACUUUUGCUUCAGGAAAAGUGUAAUGUCACAAGUUAAACAACACCGAUAAAGUAGUGCUCUGGCG